AUGUCGGACUACAUUGGUGCCCCCUUCGACUUCGAUGCCUUCAUGGCCUCCAACCAGCACCACGACUUCCAGGGCCCGGACCAGGGUGCCUUCUCGGGCUCCAAUCCGGAGGGUCUCUGCGACCCCAGCUACCUCGAUGCCCUCUCGGCCCCCAACCAGCACGACGGCUUCCAGGGCCCGGACCAGGGCGCCUCCUGGGGCGCCAAUCAGGAGGAUCUCUCGGACCCCAACUACCUCGCUUCCGAGAUGAACUGGCUCAGCGACAUGCCUGUCAUUGGACAGGAGUUCAACUUCAACUACAACGCCGGCCUGCCGUUGCCUGACGCUAAUGAUGCAGCACCCCUGGAACCGUGA